CUUUUCCCCGAUUCCUCCCUCAAGCCCUCUAGUUUUCCGGAAUCACGGUUACGUCUCUGUUAGCUGGUCGUUGGGAGUUAGUUGUAAGUAUUGUUGUUUGUCAGGGGAAGGGAAGGGAAAGGAAAGAUGCUGUCUCUGCAGGAGGCGAUUGACUUUGACCACCUGGACGUCAUGACGUCCGGGUUCGGGGGAUUCACCCCGUGGGGGCCUGACACGUGCCCUACCCUGGAGCAGCUGAUGGCGUCGUCGUCAAGCUCGGUCGCGGCCGAGGAAGAGGACGAGGAGGAGCUCCAGCGGCGGCAGCGGCGGAAGCUGUCGAACCGGCUGUCGGCGCGCCGGUCGAGGGCGCGGAAACAGCAGCGGCUCGACGAGCUGCGCGCGGAGGCGGCGCAGCUCCGCGCACAGAAGAAGGAGCUCGGCGCGCGGCUGCACGCCGCGGCGCGGCACGGGCUCGCCGCGCGCGGCCAGAACGCGCGCCUGCGUGCCGAGGCAGCGGCGCUCGCGCGCAGGCUCCGCGACGCGCGCCGGCUCCUCGCGCUGCAGCGGCUCACGCGGCAGCUGCUCGUCCUGCGGCCGCCGCAGCCGGCUCAGCCCGCGGGCAACGGCGCUGCUGGACAAGCCGGACCGGGAGCCGCGGACUUUGCGGCACCGGCGGUGGCAGCACCCCAGGGUCUUCUGGCCGCGGCGUCGCUGAUGACCUAGGGAGGAAACGAAGGAGGACUGCUCACGUACGACUCAUGGGUAAUGAGUCGUGACCAGGAAAUCACUUGUUCGCAGGUGAAGUUUUGGAACCGGUGAUGGCGAGAGUACGUGAAAAGUGGACUGGGACGCACUAGCGCUUUAAGCUCUGCAUGCUAUACGUACUAAGCUGGUGUUGACGUGUACGUACACAUUGCUAUAUGAUUAAGUACAAUGGAUGAAUGGAGAGUCUGAUGUAAAUUACUUAAGUAAAAUUGAAAGUUACCACGACUUUGGCGACGUAAA